AUGAGGCGGGUGGGGACCCGCAGCAAGCUGAAAAGGCGGAAAGAUUUCUCCAAGCCUUCUGCAAAUUCUGCCUGCAUGCGAUGGCUGCGUGUCACUGAAGACAACUCUACCACAUUUGCUCUGUCAAUCCUGGUGCGGGACAGUGGCCUACCAUCACUCUCCUCUACUGCCACAAUCCAUGUGCAUGUGAUAGAACUACCUCCAAAGGUAGCUCCUGACCCCAAGCGUAUUAUCAGGCCUGACAGUCCCCUAAUGUUUUCCACGGUUACUCUCUACCUUAUCAUUGCCUUGUGUGCCACAACGUUUGUAUUCCUCGUCACUAUCUUUGUUCUGGCCAUUGUACGUUGCCAUGCCUACUGCACACAACCUGGCUCUUGCUCUCCAUGUUGCGUAUCCAAGAAGAGUAUGCCAGAGGGAGGUACAUCCUCAGGUGGUGGUGGAGGAAGAGCUACGAGUGGAGCUGGUGGAGGAGGUGGGGCCAGUGGAGGGCAGCCAAACAGUAACAUGGCCCUGCGGCGUGACCUCAAAGUGGAACCGCAUUAUAUUGAAGUGCGGGGAAAUGGGUCCUUGACUAAAACGUACUGUUACAAGACAUGCUUGACUGCAACAUCAGGAAGCGACACUUUUAUGUUCUACAACACCGGCCGGCCUCAGAGUGGCACGUGGGGCUCAGGCUAUGUCACCAGUCACAGUGGACAGAGCCAGAUUUUUGUGCGGCGUCUCAGUAUGCCAGAUGCAAGUGCCAUUCAGCCCAAGGCACCAGGUUCGGACUGGAGAUACUCAGCCUCUCUGAGAGCAGGAGGUGUAAUGCAAAGUUCAGUGCACAUGGAAGAGUCCUCAGUCAUGCAAGGAGCCCAGGGCGUCCUGGUUCAAAACUGGCCAACUGCAUCCAGUGCUGCUGAUGGUGAAGGAGGAGAGGUUUCACCGCCCAUGGGUGCCGGCGUAGACAGCAACAGCUGGCACUUUCGCUACGGCCCAGGUGGUCCUGGUGCACCCCCACAGCAUUUGAAGCCUGGUGAAGUUCCCCCAGAAGCAUUCAUCAUUCCUGGCUCGCCCGCAAUAAUAUCCAUCAGACAGAACCAAGGAGGAGAGGAUGACAAGAGUGAUUUUAUCACUUUUGGAAAGAAGGAAGAGGCCAAGAAGAAAAAGAAGAAGAAGAAGGAGAAGAAAGACAAGAAGGAUAAGGGAAAGGAUGAUGAUGAGUAG